GAUUGAAUGCAGUUAAAUUUUUGACAAAUUUCUAAAGCAAUGGCGGAUGAUCCCCAAGUAGAAGACGAUAAACCGGAAUCAAAAGUAGCAAUCAUCGAUGAAAACUACUGCACCCAAAAAUCCCAAGAAUUUAUAGUUCUAAAGAAAAUGACUAAAUUUCAAACCAAUGCUGUUUUCCAAGUUUUUGAUGUUGAUCAAAAUCUUCUCCUACAAGCUGAUGGUCUCAAUUGGUUGCUUCAUAGGACAUUCCUAAUGAAAGACUCUCAUGAUUCUCCUAUUGUCACACUUCGUGAAGCGCGUAUUACGGAUAAACGUCGAUGGGAUGUAUAUGAAGGAGAAAGCACAGAUGCACCGGAUCACAUGUUCAAAGUGCAAAGAACGAGCGCAUUUCAAGUUAAUGUACCAAGGCAGUAGAAUUAUCGCCCGAGUUGAACAUAGAAAUACAUGGAAGAACUUUCUUCAUGGAAAAGACGUGUUGAAGGUUGAAGUUAUUGAAGGUAUAGAUUACGCAUUUGUUAUGUCUGUACUUAUAAUCAUGGGUAACGCCAUUUAAUAGUACUUACUCCCUAUUGCUGUACACUUGUACAUAUCAUGCUCCAAAUUAGAAAACUUAAUUAUACUUUACUUCUCCAUUCUGAAAGUUGAUUUUUUACAUUUUAAUUUUGUGGGAGCAAAACUAAUUUGUAAAAAAAUUGUGGGGAUCUUUUUUAA